GUACGAUAUGAAGAACGUGACUACUCCGACAACGAUUGGUAAGUUUGUCUUGUUGCUGCAAGCUGCGACAAUUCUUUCAAAGGAUUGCACGAGACAUGAUGCGCUCGUCAGGAGACAACUGACAGCAAUACACGUGGAGUUGAGGGAUGUCGGGUGAUGUAAUGCAAAACAUUGCAUAAGUUCUGACAAAGUCGUCGUUCAAAAUUUGGAUAACAAUAAGUGAAAUUUGCCUUUGCACUUAACGCAAUGAAUCGAGUCUCUUUUGCAGAGCAAUUUUACAAAGAGGGCAAUUAUGAAAAAGCGUUUGAAAUAUAUGAUGCUUUGCUUCAUGAGGAUUCAACUCAUUCAAGUCGUUUGAAUAUGAUACUGGGUAAAGCAUCUUGUCAAAUGGCUCUUUAUCUUUGGCAAGACUGCUUUGAAAGCCUUUUUAACGCUUUUAAUAGUCAGCAUUGGUGUUCGUCUUUUCUGGAGACUUUCAUUGAGAAUUUAACUUCGACGUUAAGGCGUACACUCGGUGAACAUGAUGCUGAAAAUGAACAGACUUGUUUGUUAGAUGAACAUUUGAUCUGCGAAAACUGCAAAGAAAUCUAUUAUUAUCCAGUUACAAUGCCCUGUGGUCAAACAUACUGUCGUAAAUGUUGCUUGAAAAAUAAAAAGUACUUGUCGGCCCCGAAUGUAAAUCGUAGGAGUCAAAAAGAAGGAAAUGCAGUAAACACUGUUCUUACAAACAUUAUUGAUAAGUAUCUUCCAAACAAGGUGAAGGCUAUGCAACUGAGAUGUGAAGGAAAUGAUUUUGUUAAAGAAAAAAAGUAUAAAGAUGCUUCGAAAAAAUAUUCCCAAGCAUUAGAACUUGAUCCAUUGAACUAUUUUCUCCUUGGCAAUUUAUCACAUGUUUACUCAGCAAUAGAUGAAUAUAAAACUGCACUUGAUUAUGCUGAGAAAGCUUGCAAAAUUCAACCAAAUUGGAUUAAGGGUUUUUACAGAAAAGGUCAAGCUAAUGUUGGUCUAAAAAAAUAUCCGCAAGCAGCUGUAGCUUACAUCAGGGUUCUUCUUGUUGAACCAGAAAAUGAUUUGGCGCGUCAGGCUCUUUACAAGGUCUUGAUUGAAAUCCUUGGAAAUAUCCAAAAUGGUGUUGGAGGAAAAAUGAUCAGUGAGAUGGCUGCGUUGCUUUAUAAUUUUGAUCUUGAAAAUAAUGGCAAAGAUGGUUACAAGAAUGUUCUUGUUGAAGAAGUUAAUUCCAUAUUAUCGAAAAAGAUUGAAAUUACUGAUGUUGAAUGUUCUCUCUGCUGCAGGAUGUUUUACAACCCCAUAACGUGUUCUUGUGGUCACACAUUUUGUCAAUGGUGUCUAAAUCGAUGUCUUGAUCACAAUGCCGUAUGUCCUGUCUGCAGAUGUGUCAUAAGUAAUUAUAUCAACAUUGAAAAUCAGAAUGUCACGAAAAGUAUAACUGCUAUAUGCAUGAAGUACUUAGGAGAAGAAUUUCAGAAAAGAAAAUUACAACACGAAGAGGAAGUUGAAAAACUUGCAAACAUUGCCUUCGAUACUGGUGACGAGGUUCCUAUCUUUGUUUGCACUAUAGCCCUUCCCACAAUUCCUUGCCCUUUAUGCAUAUUUGAACCACGUUAUCGCCUAAUGGUACGUGAAUCCAUGGAAUCUGGUUCAAGACAAUUUGGAAUGUGUUGUCCUUGGGAUGAUGGCAGUUUUUCUGAUUAUGGUGUUAUGCUGAAAAUUGAAGAAUUUACUCUUCUAUCUGAUGGACGAUCUCUUAUUAAAACCGUUGGUGGAAGACGCUUUAAGGUAUUAAGCCGUGGAAAGAAACAUGGCUAUAAUACAGCAAAAGUUGAAUGGCUGAAAGAUGAAAUAAUACCCGAAGAGGAUAUUGAGACACUCAAAGAGCGUCAACAGAUUCUCUACGAUAAAGUCAUUGCAUGGUUUUUGUCAUUGGACGUAAUUACCAAGAUGCGUUUGUUCAAUGAGAUUGGAAUCCAGCAUCUACCUGUCUGUGAUAGCAACAAUAUAGGGGAUCGUAAUGGACCCAAAUGGAUCUGGUGGUCGGUCAAUGUCCUGCCCGUGCACCCUGUGACCAAAGUUGAUAUUAUAUCCAUGACGGAUGUACGUCAACGUUUGAAUGUAAUUGAAGAGUUUUUUUCUUAAUGAACAAUGCAAGAACCAGUUGAAAGCAUAAGGAAAACCAUUUAAUCAAUUUAUUAUGAAGCAGUUUCGGAGCCGUCAAUAUGUAGAAAUGUAACAUUAAAAAUUUACAGUUCGUAUUAUUGUGAAAAUACGCAGGCCAACGAGUAUAUAUUAUUAUAUUAAUGUUUGCUUGCGCCAGAACUACAUAAGCCUUCGACUGAGAAACAUCUUGUCUAAAAAGUCUAUUUUCUCUAUCCUAUGGUGAGAUAGUCACUGCCUACACAAUGCUCAUCAGUUGCCACAUUGGGUCAAUUUAAGAUUUAAUGUCUAAGAAAUAGAAUUAUAUAUGUAAAGAUUUCUAUACACUAUACUUAUCAUACUGCCAAUAUUAAAGAUUAAAUUUAUAAAAAAUUAAAA